AUUCACAGAAAAGGGAUACUGCACAGGAGAGAUACGCAAAGGGAGAUUGCGAUGUACGAGUCGCGUUUCAUGUACUAGAGAGUUUAUUCCAGCGGCAGGACAUCAUAAGGCUACAGAAGGAUUGCUAUCUGUUUCUGCAGCAGCCCUGCAAACUUGAGGAUGACGUAUUCGUUAUGCCUGUGUGCAUUCCAGAGGCCCACCUUGGCAGGUAGAUGAGAGGUCGGCCUCCGUCACCAUGACAGUGUUGCCGUGGGACGUGGCUUCCCUGGCUGUGCCUGGCCUUAUCCUCUGUUUCAUCACUCUUCCAUUUCCUGUUACAUUAUCCCAGAGGGCCACAGAGCCCAUCCCAACCCCAGCAACCCACACAAGGCCAGAGUGUACCCGCCUAGAGCACCCCAUCAUCUCUAUUCAAGCACUAAGCCCAUUGAUCUCCACUUUCUCCCACCCUGGUGUUAGAGACUACUCCCAGCUUACCCUUGAUCUCACCCGGAAUGAACUUAUAGUGGGAGCGAGAAACUACCUCUUCAGAUUGAAUUUAAGCAACAUUUCACUAAUUCAGGCAACGGAAUGGGGCCCAGACGAAGACACCAGGAGGUCCUGUCAAAGCAAAGGGAAGACAGAGGUGGAGUGUCAAAACUACAUCCGAGUGUUGCUUGUCAACAAGACAGAGGUGAUCACCUGUGGUACCAAUGCCUUCCAGCCUCUUUGCAUCAUCAGAGAGGCAGGGAACGUGAGCAGAGUUUUGGAGAGGGUGAACGGAGUGGCCCGCUGCCCAUAUGACCCACGUCAUAACUCGACCGCUGUGGUGACAGAAAGGGGAGAGCUGUAUGCCGCCACGGUCAUCGAUUUCUCUGGUCGGGACCCUGUCAUCUACCGCAGCCUAGGAGGAAUGCCCCCUUUGCGGACUGCCCAGUAUAACUCCAAAUGGCUUAAUGAACCUCACUUCAUCUCGGCUUAUGACAUGGGUCUUUUUACCUUCUUCUUCUUGAGAGAAAAUGCUGUGGAGCAUGACUGUGGAAAGACAGUGUACUCAAGGGUGGCACGGGUCUGCAAGAAUGACAUAGGAGGCCGUUUCCUUCUGGAGGACACAUGGACCACCUUUACCAAGGCCCGGCUCAACUGCUCACGUUCAGGAGAGAUCCCCUUUUACUACAAUGAGCUGCAGAGUACCUUCCACCUUCCCGAGCAAGACCUCAUCUAUGGCAUUUUCACCACCAACGUGAACAGCAUUGCUGCCUCUGCAGUUUGCGCAUACAACCUCAGUGCAAUCACACAGGCUUUCAACGGGCCCUUCCGCUCCCAGGAGAACCCUCGCUCCACCUGGCUGCCUACCCCAAACCCCAUUCCCAACUUCCAGUGUGGGACCAUAGAUGAAGAAGGGCCCAAUGAGGGACUGACAGAACGCAGUCUGCAGGAUGCCCAGCGGCUCUUCCUCAUGAAUGACGUGGUCCAGCCUGUUUCAGUGGACCCACUAGUCUGGCAGGAUGACGUGCGGUUCUCCAAGUUGGUCGUUGAUAUUGUACAGGGGCAGGAUACUUUGCACCAUGUCAUGUACAUAGGCACAGAGUAUGGAACUAUUCUUAAGGCCCUGGCAACCACAAAUAAGAGUUUGCAAGGUUGUUACUUGGAGGAGAUGCAACUCUUCCCUCCUGGUGUGCGGGAGCCAAUCCUGAGCCUUCAGAUUCUUCAUGGCGACAGAACUCUUUUUGUGGGCUUGAAUGACAAAGUGAUAAAGAUCCCACUGGCAAGAUGCUCCAGCUACAAAACAGAACUGAUGUGUUUGGAUGCCAGGGACCCAUACUGUGGCUGGGACCGAAAGCAGCGCCAUUGCACUACUAUAGAGGACAGCUCCAACAUGAGCCAGUGGUUCCAAAACAUCACUGCAUGCCCGCUGAGGAACCAAACUGCAGAUGGCGCAUAUGGGCCCUGGGAUCCAUGGCAACCCUGUAGCCAUGAUGAUGGCGAUGGCACCAAUACGUGUCUUUGCCGAUCACGGAUGUGUGAUAGCCCAACUCCUCGCUGCGGAGGUAAAAACUGUGAGGGUCCCACCAUUGAGGUUUCCAACUGUUCAAGGAAUGGAGGAUGGACACCCUGGUCGUCCUGGGGCCAGUGCAGCACAAGCUGUGAGAUUGGGUUUGAAGUUCGCCAGCGAUCCUGUAACAAUCCUUCGCCCAGGCAUGGAGGCCGAGUGUGUGUGGGGCAAAGCAGAGAACAGAGAUUCUGCAACGAGAAGGUUUCGUGCCCUCAGCCCAUCUUCUGGUCAUCCUGGUCGCCCUGGUCUAAGUGCAGUUCAGAUUGUGGGGGAGGGGUGCACUCUCGCUCCAGAAACUGUGAGAAUGGAAAUAGCUGUCCAGGGUGUGUGCUGGAGUACCAGGCGUGCAACCUGGAGUCCUGUCCAGAGGUACGCCGAAACACCCCAUGGACUCCCUGGGUACCGGUGAACUUCACCCAGGCUGGGGCACGGCAGGAGCAGAGGGUACGCUACAUCUGCCGGGCUCAACUGGCUGACCCUCAUGAGCUCCAACUGGGCAAACGCAAGGUUGAGACACGUUUCUGUCCAAACGAUGGGACAGUAACCUGCGAAACAGACUUUCUAGUUGAGGAGCUUCUCAGGAUGCCUGGUGUUCGAAUGACAGGCUCUGGCUGGUCAUCGUGGGAGAUGUGGUCAGCUUGCACUCAGGAUUGUGCCAAAGGCUACCGCACUCGCAAACGCACCUGCACCAGCACAGAAGGCAAAAGUGUUCCCACCGUUUGCCGGGGCUCUCCAGUAGAAUAUCAGGACUGCAAUCCCCAGCCCUGUCCAGUUAACGGUGCCUGGUCUUGCUGGUCAUCAUGGUCACAGUGUUCAGUGCCCUGUGGAAGCGGGCACUACCAACGAACGCGCAAAUGCACCAGCCCGGCCCCUGCCAGUGGAGGGGACAUCUGCAUCGGCCUGCAUACAGAGGAGGCCCUUUGCAACACGCACACUUGUGAUGGUGGGUGGAUGGCCUGGUCGGUGUGGUCUGAAUGUGAUGACUCGGGCUUGCAGCUGCGCAGUCGAGUGUGUGGGGCUCAGGCCAUGCCAUGUGUGGGAAACAGAACCCAACACCGAGACUGCAAUGAGAUCCCAGCAAUUCUCCCAGCAUCUAGUUAUGACAAAGACCAGCCAUGUUGGGGUUUCACUCUCCUGCACCUGAUAGCUACCGGCGUGUCAUGUUUCCUGGGUGCGGGUCUGCUGUCCUUCCUGGUGUAUGUGUACUGCCAGCGGUUCCACAAGCCCUCGCAGGAGUCUGCUGUCAUCCACCCCACCACUCCUAACCACCUCAACUACAAAGGAAACACAACACCAAAGAAUGAAAAAUACACACCCAUGGAGUUCAAGAGGAACCAUCAUUUCAACCAAACAGCCUUUGUUGCCAAACUCUGAAUAAGAACAAUUUGCUGCCAGAUGAGAGGACUAACUACUUCCCUUCCCCACUUCAGCAGACAAACGUGUACACCACCACAUACUACCCCACAGCGCUGGGCAAAUAUGACUACCGUCCUGACUCCUCCCCAUCUCCAUGCAG